GAAUUUUUUUUUUUUUUAUUGCGUGACAGUGUAAGCCAAGAAUAGGGCCUGAGACUGAACGACUCGCUCGACAGAACGCAAGUGGUAUUACAAAUGGAAGAAUAAACUUUACGGCAACGGAGAUCAAAGCGUUUGUGUUUACCGAUGUAGUUUAGCAGGUACAGGGAACUGCAUUUAUUCUGAGUGGCCAUUGUAAGCAGUAGGUGUUCUUCUUUCGGUUCUUUUCCAAAAGUACCGCCCGUGUUAUAAAAAGACAUUGGAAACAAGAGCUAAUCAUGCGUAUGAAUUAUUGUUAACCGAUUCAAGCGUGAUAUUUGGUUGGAUCCUGACUCACGGAGCGAAAAUGAAAAUCUUUCGCCUUUUUCUCGCCGUAAUUGUCGUCCAAACCCUAACUGUGGUUGCUCAGAGCUUCGAAGUCCAUGGCCGGAACACAUUGUUACGAAGAAAGCGGCUCGUCACAUUAAACAACGGCACGUGUUCCACGCAACAACUGAAAUCGCCCGUCGAUGGCGCCAUUUUGAAAACUCCACAAGAAGGAAAUUCCAUUUCUUUCCAUCAUGGGGACAAAGCUGACUUUGUUUGCAAAGACGGAUAUCAACAAGUUGGUCAGCUGAAAUCAUUUAUUUGCCAAGAAGAUGGAAAAUGGAAUGAAUCUACUUCAAAUCGCUCUGGAUUUUGUGCAAAGACCGACGAAGUGUCCUGUGGACCGACAGUGUUAAACGUGACUGGAAGAGCCACAGGAAUACUAACCAGCACGACAAUCAAUCGACAUCCACCCAGCAAAACAGUGGAUUGUACCUGGAGUCUUGUCACCGAAGAUCCAGGCUUCUACAUCAAGCUGCUUUUCGUUAACUUUUCACUGUCUCCGAAUUGUACAAACAAUUUUAUUUCGCUGGAAAAGGUUAAUUUUACUGAUUUUGGUAGAACAAAAAAAUGCUGCAACAGCCAAAGUGAAAAUGUGUGUAGGUUCAGUGGAAAGAGCUCACCGCCUCUCUCUCGCUCCGUAUCACACUCCAUGACUGUCAAGUUCUACUCUAAAGAUCUGAGCAAGUCGUUCUUCAAGGCAAUAUGGUACAAUGUCAACGGUUUGUAUCCGAAUGGCCUGGUCCCCCAGCGAGAUCUUACGUACGCGCCGCGGAUCGUGUUACCAAUGCCGUCUCAGACUACGAUUGCACCUGACACGCCAUCAGUUCUCGCCUUCACCGUCUUCGCGUUAAUACUUUUUGCUGUAGGUGUCUUCAUAGCUUGUAAGUUUGGUAAGCGUUACCUGGGACUCAGUUGCAGCCUUGGGGACUGCUGGGCACUGGUGACGUGUAGAUGGACGUCUCGAGCCCCGUCGAUACCGUAUCGUACCCGGGAGGGGCCGUCAGAAGCAAGAGGGCUCAUGACGGACACUGACAGCCCACUCACUGGCGAAAGGAUUCGUGUUUCUAGAGUGGAACAGAUCUAGUCUGCUGGAAGCCGCCGGGUUUUUCUCGUAGGGUCACUUAGACGAGUGUUUAGUCAUCGCGAACGCAAAAGGGCGGUAUGGCGGUGGCCGAGUGGGGAAAAAGGCGAGACGAGAAAAAACCUUAGGGCUAGGGUUAGGGUUAGGGUUAUGUUACUAUGUUUUUCUUCUCGUGCGUGCCGCGCCCAUGUCUCGUCCCAUUCCCCCUCACGCUAAAGCGUCAUUCCUCAUAAUCGCUGCUGAAUUUCGAGAGGAAAACAGACUGCCAGCAGUCUAGAACAAAUCGUACCCCGGAGACGGAUCUAGUGGGCCGUCGCAUGACAGCUCGGAAAAUAUUGCCUGAUAAACUUGGCGCAGUUUAAACUUUACUGAACGAGGUGACGAUCUCACUUGCACAGUAACAGUCCAGUCACUGACUCUUCCUUCCCUGCGCCCUCUAUGUAUGGAUUGAAUUCAGGCGCUAUAGGGCGGGAAAAGAAGACUGGUCUAACACAGUAAGUGAGCAGAAUUAAUAUUUCUGACAAUGAAGCAUCGCGGAACAGGCAGAAACUUAUUACAUGAUAUUUUCGCGACACGUAAAUUUCGCGAAUUUCGGGAAAAAAAAACUGCGAGAUAAAAGUGACGCGAACUAUAAGUGUCGCGAACAUAACAUGACCCGAAAAUUAAGUGAGACACAUUAUGUUACUACUAAUAAAGUGUAUUAUCGUUUGUCUCACGAUGUAGUCACUUGAGAUGUAGAUCGCGACGUUUCGACU